UAUGGCUCAGUUGCUGCAGAAAACAAGAAAGGAUUUUUGUCUGUUUUGGACAAGAAAGAUGGAUAUUCAUUUCUCUACCCUUUUGGGUGGCAGGAAGUAGUAAUUGAAGGUCAAGAUAAGGUGUUCAAGGAUGUCAUUGAACCACUGGAGAAUGUCAGUGUAAAUAUGAUACCAACUGGCAAACAGGAUAUUACAGAAUUUGGGUCUCCUCAAGAGGUCGCUGAAACUCUGAUAAAAAAGGUUUUGGCCCCUUCAAACCAGAAAACCAAGAUAAUAGAAGCAAAAGAGCAAGAUGUUGAAGGAAAAAAGUACUAUCAGUUUGAGUUCAUCGCUAAGGCUCCAAACUAUACUCGUCAUGCUCUCAGCACUGUCUCCAUUGGCAAUGGUAAGUUUUACACCUUGACAACGGGAGCAAACGAGAGAAGAUGGGAAAAGAUGAAAGAGAGGCUGCAGACUGUCAUAGAGUCAUUCAAAAUUUUCGAUGUUUGAAAAAUGAUCACAAUUGUUACCACAUUAUUAGAGAUAUUAAACUCUUGAGCGAGAAUGUUUAUUUGAGCUUUAUAGUCCCAAGUUUAAUCAAUGUUUGCUUUUAUGAUAGCUUUCUCCAAAUACAUGUACAAUAAACCAGUAAUUCUAAUGGAUACAGCCAAAUUUCUAGCAA